AUGAAUCCCGCACAGUACGAUCAGGACACAAAAAUACACGAUCUUCGACGAGAGGCGAACCCGGUCACAAAAGCGAGCCCAGUGUCGUGGUACACCUUCUGGUGGUUGAAGGAUCUGUUCCAGACGGGACUAAAGCGUCCCAUCGACGAGAUCGACAUAUAUGAAACGCUUUCAAACCAUCAGAGUGCUCAGCUGUCGUACCAGUUUGAAAGGCACUGGAAAGAGGAACAGAAAUGUAACGAUCGACCCAGCUUUCUGCGAGUUAUCUGUCGCAUCUAUUGGCCAUCGAUACUCGGCUAUGGGUCGAUGUAUACCAUCGUUGAUUUACUGGCGAGAAUUCUUCAACCACAAUGCCUUGGUGGAUUAGUGUCCUAUUUUGCUCCCGGGCAGCAGGAUAUUCGCAAAGAAGAAGCGUAUUACUAUGCUAUCGGAAUCAUUCUAUGUUCGCUGGUACCGGUAGCCGUGUUUCAUCACUUUAUACUGUACAUAUUUCAAAUCGGAAUGAAGAUUCGUGUCGCAUGCUGCUCACUGCUCUACAAAAAGGCAUUACGCAUUACCAAAGCAGCAGGAACGGAUGGCAUGACCGGGCAGGUGAUCAAUUUGAUGUCUAACGAUGUGGCCAAAUUUGACACGGCGACCGGCUUUGUGCAUGACAUCUGGAAAGGGUUAAUUGAGCUGCUGGUGCUGGGCUAUUUCAUAUACCGACAGAUUGGCAUCUCGGGAUUAUUUGGCAUUGCGUUUUUGCUCAGCUUCAUUCCUUUACAAGCUUGGCUUGGCAAAAAAGCAGCACUUUUUCGUCUGAAAACGGCCAAUCGAUCCGACCGCCGGAUACAGUUUAUGAACGAAAUCAUACAAGGCAUUCAAGUGAUAAAGAUGUACGCCUGGGAGGAGAGUUUCAGCCAAAUGGUGGACCGCAUCCGGCGGAAGGAGGUGAACGGAAUAAGAGGAACACUAUUUAUACGCGCCGGUCUACUAUCGUUCAAUCUCGUUUCACGUGUGGCCAUCUUUCUCAGCUUAGUCGCGUACGUCCUGUACGGAAACGUGUUCACCGCUAAGCGGGUGUUCAUCGUGACCUCCUACUUUAACUGGCUGUACAGCUCGAUGCUACACUUUUGGCCGCUGGCACUGACAUCCGUUCACGAGGGACUGGUGUCGAUAAGACGGAUACAGGACUUUCUGUUGCUGGACGAGCGAAAGUUUAGACGGGUUCGGCCCCAACAGACGGCGGCAGUACAAGAGACAGUGGUAGAUGAGGGUGCUUGCGAGCUGCUGCCAGAGGCAAGGAAUGGGAAUGGAGUGGACAGCACGGCGAAUCCAACACCGGAAGGAAAUGCCGGUAGCAAUGUUAAGCGACCGCCUCACAGCAGGCGCUUCAUUAACAGAAAAGCUGUUACGCGGCAUGGAAUUUUUAUGCGCAACGGUACCGCGCUUUGGGAGAAGGACUUGCCAGCAUCCAACGGUGAAGUUAAUGUACGAGCUAGCGGAAUCAAACACGUGACGCUAACCGUAGACAAGACGAAACCGUGCGUAAUUGUCGGUUCGGUAGGGAGCGGUAAAUCGACCAUGCUCCAAGUUAUCCUCGGCGAGCUCGAGCUGGACGAGGGCCGGUUGGAAAUCAAUGGCAAUCUUAGCUAUGCAUCACAGGAACCCUGGCUGUUUGAGGGAACGGUGAAAAACAAUAUCGUCUUCACAGAGGACUACCAGGAAAAACGCUACCGGGAGGUGGUGUCCGUUUGUGCUUUGGAACGCGACUUUCAGCUGCUCCCGAACGGCGAUCAAACGAUCGUGGGUGAGCGAGGCAUCAGUUUGAGUGGAGGGCAACGGGCUCGGAUCAGCCUGGCGCGAGCCAUUUAUCGGCGGGCCGACAUUUACCUUCUGGACGACCCACUGUCCGCGGUGGAUGCCCACGUAGGCAAACAUAUUUUUGAGGAGUGCAUCGUUAAAUAUUUAAAGGAAAAAGUUUGCGUGCUAGUAACGCACCAGCUUCAAUACUUAAAGGACAUGGAGCAUGUCGUGCUAAUGAAUAUGGGCAACGUGGAACAGCAGGGACCAUUCCGCACGCUGGCAGAAUCGGGGCACUUUGCCUCGAUGAGCGAACAACCACACCGCGAAACCGAUGGACGGGAAGAACAGGAACAACAAAGCAACGCACCAUCGCCGUCUGAUGACGCGUCUACCCCAGCGCCCUCAACGUUGAAACAGCACCCAGACAAGGGCCACGGACAGCAGCUACGAAAAGUCGAUAGUGUCGCAAACAAUGGGAUUGAAUAUGAUACCGCCAUCAGCAUUGAUAUCAAUAGUAAAACCGAGACGACACAUAGAAUGACGGAACGAAGGUUUUCCAUUCAUCCAACGCCAGCACAACAUCAACCGGCGCAUCAGCAGCACCAGUCCAUCUACCAGCCGUCCCCAUUCUCAUCCAGCAGCAUGGUUUUUGAUGGGUACGAUGACCGCGAGGAACGCCGUAGUACGAAAAAAAAAUCCGCCCCAUCUUCUCAAGACGACGGUACCACGAAAGACGAUCCAAAUCACCUUCAUAAAGAAUCACAACUAACCGGACGUAUCGGGUGGCGCGUGUACAAGAGCUUCUUCGUGGCUGUGCAAAGUAAUCUUCUGCUAGUGCUGGCAGUCGUUCUGUUCCUAUUGGCGCAGGCCAGCAUGAGUGGUAUCGAUUACUACAUCUCUCAGUGGGUAAACUGGGAAGAGUACUCCAGCGCUCUUGAGCGGUUGAAAAGCAAUCGAACCGAGAUGGAAGCAUCCGCCCUUAACAGCAGCGACUGGGAGGCUUUGCUUCCUAUCCCGCCAAAACUGCAAGGAAGCAUCUUCACGCGACUGUCCCGCCAUCAGUAUAUACUGAUGUACGCGAUAGCGAUGCUGUUUAUGUUUGUACUCUCCUUGAGCAGAUCCUUUCUUUUCUUCUACAUUUGUCUGCGUGCCACAGUACGAUUGCAUGAUCGUUUGUUCCGCGGCAUUACCCGCGCCACAAUGUAUUUCUUCAACACAAAUCCGUCGGGACGGAUAUUGAACCGAUUUUCACGCGAUAUUGGUUGCAUCGAUACCUUCCUUCCGUUUGCGAUGAUGGACUGCAUUCUGUUCUUUGUGGAGUUUUCCGCGAUCAUUGUGCUGGUAGCGGUGGUGAACUACUGGCUUUUGUUGCCAACGCUUGUGAUGGGCAUUGUGUUCUACUUCUUGCGCCAUAUUUACACCAACACUGCCCGCAGCAUCAAGCGAGUGGAAGCUUCAACUAGAAGUCCCAUAUUUUCGCAUGCGAAUGCGUCUUUUCAAGGUCUGAGCACCAUCCGUGCAUUUGGGGUAGAAAGAAUUCUGGCGGACGAGUUUGAUAAACAUCAAGAUCUAAAUACAUCGGCCUGGUAUCUCUUUCUGGCCACAACACGCGCCUUUGCCCAAUGGUUGGAACUGGUAUGUGUGCUGUAUAUCGCCGUGGUUACUUUAAGUUUCCUGAUGGUGGAAAAUUCGAUGAGCGGCAAUGUGGGGCUAGCUAUUACACAAGUAUUUAACUUGAUCUUCAUGUGCCAGUGGGGCAUGCGACAAACGGCGGAGCUAGAAAAUCAAAUGACAUCCGUCGAGCGUGUCGUCGAGUACGCCGAGGUCGAACCCGAAGCAUCGCUUGUGUCAAUCGGCAAGCACAAACCGCCCGCCGACUGGCCCGCACAGGGAUCGAUACGUUUCGAGCACUUUUCGUUGCGUUACGCUCCCCAGUCAAAUCUGGUUUUGCGAGACCUCAAUAUGUCAAUAAACGCGGGCGAAAAAAUUGGAAUCGUCGGCAGAACGGGCGCAGGCAAAUCGUCCAUCAUUCAGGCACUGUUCCGAUUGGCGGUUAAUGAAGGAAUAAUACGGAUUGAUGGCGUUGACAUCGGUACGCUAGGAUUGCACGAUCUGCGCAAACGGAUUUCCAUUAUUCCGCAGGAUCCGAUCCUGUUUUCUGGUACGGUUCGGGAAAAUUUGGAUCCUUUUAAACAGCAUGCCGAUGACACACUUUGGAACGCUCUGGAGUAUGUGGAGCUGAAAGAGGUGGUACGGGCAAUGGAGGGCACACUCGAUGGUAAGAUGGCCGACGGUGGUGCAAACUUUAGUAUGGGCCAGCGGCAGCUUGUUUGUUUGGCCCGAGCAAUUCUACGCAACAAUCCAAUCCUCAUUCUGGAUGAGGCCACCGCUAACGUCGAUACCGAAACCGAUAACUUAAUACAAAAAACCAUUCGAGAACGGUUCGAACGGUGCACUGUUCUAACAAUCGCCCAUCGUUUACAUACUGUAAUGGAUAGCGAUCGCGUAUUGGUGAUGGACGCUGGCAGAGCCGUCGAAUACGCGCAUCCUUAUGAGCUACUGCAGCGUCCCGAUGGUGUUAUGAGACAACUAGUGAACAAAAUGGAAGAGUCUACCGCACAACAACUCACUGCUAUGGCUUAUCAAGCCUACACGAAACGCGAUUGACGCAAGCGAACG